AAUGGAAGCUCUUGGGGGCGAUCAAAUUGUACAUUAUUAAAUAAAUCAAAUGGGUCCUGACUCCUGAGACUGAAAAAGCUAGCUAGCGCUUUCACUUCCACUUGCACACCAUGAAAUUGCUCCUCUUCCUCAAUUCAACCAGAACCUCUCCCUCCCUUCAUCUAAACUUAGAAAUUAAUAGACAUUUCAAGUCAUAAAUAGCUAGAUCCAUGCAAAGAUUCAACAAACAGUUUAUUGCCCCCAUUCUAUGGCGUUCUUUUCUCAAAAUCGCCCCUGCAACUCCUCUUUACGCACUUCUCUGCUCCUCCUUCUCACCCUCACCGCUGUUUUCAUCUUCUUCCUCCGGUCUACACUUUCUACUAAUAACACUAAACGAAUUGCAAUUGCCACAAGCAAAAGCACGGUUUCCAAGGAAACCUUAGAGGUUUCUUCAAAGCAAAGUGAAUCAAGCAGCAGGGAAAUUCAAAAACCUUGGAAAAGCACGUUCCACGGAACACCACUCAAUUGUAGCAGCAGCAGGGGGAACCAAACAUGCUGGAACGGUUACCCGACAACAUCAUUGGAAACCGAGGAAAACAGAGCGGCAUGUCCGGAAUACCUCCGGUGGAUCCACGAAGAUCUGAAAACGUGGAAAGCCACAGGGAUAAGCAGGGAACUGGUGGAGGCAGCUAAGAAGACUGCGCACUUCAGGUUAGUAGUGAAAGGAGGAAGAGCAUACGUGGAGAGGUACAAGAAAUCUAUACAGACACGUGACGUUUUCACUAUCUGGGGCAUUCUGCAACUUCUGAGAAGGUAUCCAGGGAAGGUGCCAGAUUUGGAGCUUAUGUUUGAUUGUGAUGACAAGCCUGUGGUCCGAACAAGUUUCUACCGCUGGUUCAGCUUCGCAGGCCCACCACCUUUGUUUCGGUACUGCGGUGAUCGCUGGACGGAGGACAUUGUGUUCCCUGAUUGGUCUUUCUGGGGGUGGGCGGAGAUUAAUAUAAGGCCGUGGGAACAUCUGCUGAAGGAAAUCCAGAAGGGAAAUAAAAGGAUUAAAUGGAACAACAGAGAACCAUAUGCUUACUGGAAAGGAAACCCUUUUGUUGAUUUUGGCAGGCAAGAUCUCCUCAAAUGUAAUGUUUCACCUACGCAGGACUGGGACGCUCGUUUAUUUAUGCAGGAUUGGAUUCAAGAGUCUCAACAAGGAUUCAAUCAGUCAAACUUGGAAAACCAAUGCACAUAUAGAUAUAAGAUUUAUAUAGAAGGAUCCGCAUGGUCUGUGAGUGAGAAAUACAUCCUAGCCUGUGAUUCCGUUACGCUAUAUGUGAAGCCUCGUUUCUAUGAUUUCUUCAUCAGAAGUCUACAGCCAUUGCAGCAUUACUGGCCAAUAAGCGACACUAACAAGUGCAAGUCCAUCAAGCAUGCUGUUGUUUGGGGCAAUGAUCAUAAACAAAAGGUGCAGGAGAUUGGUAAUGCCGCGAGCAACUUCAUUCAAGAAGAGCUGAAGAUGGAUUAUGUGUAUGACUACAUGUUCCAUCUGCUAAAUGAAUAUGCCAGGCUUCUCAAGUUUGAGCCAAAAGUACCUGAAGGAGCUGUGGAGCUGUGUGCAGAGUCCAUGGCUUGCGAGAGAAAUGGGUUGGAGAAGAAGUUUAUGGCGGAAUCCAUGGUUCAGGAGCCUUCAACAAAAGCUCCUUGCUCAUUGCCUCCUCCAUUUGACCCAACAUGGCUCAGGAUUUUUAAUGGCAACAAACUCAAUUUAAUCAGGCGAGUUGAGAGGUGGGAAGAUACCUAUUGGAAAAAAAAGACUGAGUAACUACAUACACACAUUUGCUUAUCUUAUAUUAGCUUAGCAUUUAGGAGUGUAAGUUAUUAACUAAGGUAGUUAGUCAUCUUUUGAAAUUGUCUUGAGAAUUUGUUCAUUUUUUAUUUGUUUAUUUCUAUGAUUCUUGAGAACAUCAACCAAAUAAGCUCUGUCUCGUGAGCUAACUUACUUUUUCUGGGGGUGGAGAUAGAAAAAUAAAAGCUCACAUAUAUGUUUUUUCGGCU